UAAUAUUUAAGAAAGAAAGAUUUAAGAUUUUGUAACAAACCCUGAAUUGUUGAAAUAAGAAGAAGAAAAUAUCAGGCAUUUGAAUUUGGGGUUGCUCUUGGUCGCUGAUGCUUAUCGGUCAUUCUCUUCUUCUCGUUCAAAAAGUAACGUCGUCCUCUAACUUUGGUUUCAACUUCAAAUUUCACAGACAAAAUUUGUACGCUCUCAUCAAUUACUCAAAGGAAACAAUUGGAUAUACAUCAUCGUGAACUAAAUUUAAUCUGCUCGUCAUCAUGGCUGGUUUGUUGCUUGGUGAUAUCACUCAUAAUGGAACAUAUCAUGGUGAUUCUCAAAGAUGUUCUCAGGAGAAUCCUGAGGAUGGUUCUCGAUGGUACUUUUCUAGAAAGGAGAUCGAAGAAAAUUCACCUUCGAAACUAGACGGUGUCGAUUUGAAGAAAGAAGCAUACCUACGGAAAUCAUACUGUUCCUUUCUUCAAGAUUUAGGCAUGAGACUUAAAGUACCUCAGGUAACUAUUGCCUCAGCUAUAAUUUUUUGCCAUCGAUUCUUUCUUCGGCAGUCUCAUGCAAAGAAUGACCGUAGGAUCAUUGCUACAGUGUGCAUGUUUCUUGCUGGGAAGGUUGAAGAAACUCCUCGCCCUCUAAAAGAUGUUAUUCUUGUUUCAUAUGAAAUUAUACACAAGAAGGAUCCUGCAGCUGUUCAGAGGAUCAAACAAAAGGAAGUGUAUGAACAGCAGAAGGAAUUAAUUUUACUUGGAGAGAGGGUUGUUCUUGCAACUCUUGCUUUUGAUUUUAAUAUGCACCAUCCUUAUAAACCUCUUGUUGAGGCAAUAAAGAAAUUCAAAGUUGCUCAGAAUGCCCUUGCUCAAGUUGCAUGGAAUUUUGUUAAUGAUGGAUUAAGGACAUCUCUUUGCCUGCAAUUUAAUCCCCAUCACAUUGCAGCUGGAGCCAUAUUCCUUGCUGCAAAGUUCCUCAAAGUAAAGCUCCCAUCCGAUGGGGAUAAGGUUUGGUGGCAAGAGUUUGAUGUCACUCCCCGCCAGUUGGAGGAAGUUAGUAAUCAAAUGUUGGAGCUAUAUGAACAAAAUCGAACAGCGCCAUCAAAUAAUGUUGAAGGAACUGCAGGAGGUGGCAAUCAAAAAGCUUCAACAUUCAAGGAUGAAGCUGCAACCACAAACAGUAAUUUGUAUACCGGAGCCCCAAUUACAAGAUAUGAAACAUCAAAACCUACAAUAUCUAAAAUUUUUAUUGAUUCGACUCCUAAUCAUGUUGUGCACCCUGUAAGCGGUCACGGUAAACAUGGCUUUUAUGGGAGCACAGAAACAAAACUCAGGGCAGAAGAUGAUGCUAAAGGCAUUUUUCAUCUCAAGCAGGAACCUGCACCACAUAAAGAAAACUUGCAGGAAGCUCAGGAGAUGGUGAGAUCUCAAUCAGGUUCUGGUAAAGAGCAAAAAAUCAAUGUUCAGAGUGGUGACCUAAAUCACAGAGAUGCUGUAUUCACCCGGCCACCGCAGGAAGCUAUCAUAAAAAUUGACAGAGACAAGGUAAAAGCUGCCUUAGAGAAGCGCAAGAAAGCAUCUGAUCGUAUAACUAAAAGAACUGAGAUAAUGGAUGAAGAUGAUCUGAUUGAGAGAGAAAUUGAAGAUGGAAUUGAACUGGCUUCUUCUCAGACUGAGAAGAAUAAACAGGAUAAGGUUCAACAGGAUAAGGUUCGAAACUGGUCUAAAGCCUUAGACAGAUCAGAUUAUGAGAAUAUGCAGCAUGGAAAGCAACCAGAUCAUGCAGAAGAGCAUCUUCAAGGGCUUAAGGUUCUGCCAUCAUGUGAAACAGAUCGAGGUGCGGUAGAGGAAGGGGAGGUUUCGUCAUUUCAUUGCAUUGACUUUGGGGUUCAAUCACCCAAGUCAAGCAACAACAAGAGAAAAGCAGGGAGCUCACCCAACAAAGAAAGGGAAGGGAAAAAAUUGCAUAAUUAUAGCUCUGAAACUCCCCAUCAUAGUCGCUUUGAUCAUAUAGAAAAUCGAAACAAGCUCAGCGGGUUGGGACAUGCUGAUAGGGACAGCAAAAGGCAUGUACAGGAAAAUCACAUUUGAUGCAGUGUUUAUUGUGUGGCUGAACAUGCUCCAUUAACAUGAUAUAAAAAGUCUUGUCUUGGCAUACACAUGCUUCUCAGGACAGUUCCUUGAAUGCUCUUAACGCUGUAAUGGUCCAGCUCCUUGGCUUCCAUCAAACCCCUUAGGUCAUGGGAAUUUCACUAGAUCGAAGGUAAUUUGAACAAAUUUAUUUUGGUCUGUUGGACCAAUUCCAUAUUAUGGAAAAUGUAUCAUUCAAAGUGUGAAGUUUCAUAUAAAUUUAACACGGGCUUGUUGUAGGAGGUCCAUUUUCUCAUAAGAUCAAGGAUCUUUUGUCAUUAUUAUCCAUUUGAAAUUUUGGUAGUAAUACGUUAUGAUGAUCAGGACGACCUUGAUGGUGAACAAUACCAAUCAAUAAGAAGAGACAAGCAAUUUUCCACUAUUGUAUCCUUUUAGAUGCGAGUGAACAAUGCUUUCGUCGUUGUGUCUAUUUAUUUGUUUGCCCACACACCUUAUUAUGUGUGGUGAUAUGGUGUGUAUUUAGUUUUGCCCGUAUUUCAAACAAUUGCACUUGGUUGGUGAAACAUCAUAUGGAGCACACUAGAAAUAUUACACACACGGGUUUAAUAA